AGGUUGAGUCUGAAACGCAUAACGUAAGGGGUAACAGCUGAACACAGAAGUGUAGGUUGUCUGCGAGUUCUGUAAUACAUGUGAAACACUGGGUUUAUGAGUCAUGUACGGGUAAUCGUUUAAAACAUGCAAUAAGAAACGACAGAGAGGCAGCAAUUCAUUGAGAAAUUGGAACAUGGGGAAAGGAAAGAAACCCAGCGUUUCUUCUCAAGUAAAUAGCAACGGCAGUGUGAAGAAACAAGGGGAGCAAGCAUCAGGAAAGAAACGUAAAAUUUUUGAAAUUCAACAAGCCUUGAACUCUGACCCUGUGGAUAUUCAGACUUUGCGUAAAGCAGCCAGGACUGUAGGUGGCCUGUUGACAGAUGAUAUCAGACGAAAAGUGUGGCCAAAGCUUCUUAGUAUCAAUGUAUAUGACCUACCUGCAAAACCUGAUAAAGACAUUCGAGAGGGCCAUAAGGAUUUCAACCAAGUACUGCUUGAUGUCAGACGGUCUAUGAGGCGCUUCCCAAAAGGAAUGAGAGAUGAUCAAAGAGAAGUCCUACAGGAACAGCUAAUUGAUAUAAUUCUGUGUAUUUUGAAGAGGAACCCUCCGUUGCACUAUUAUCAAGGAUAUCAUGACAUUGUCGUUACUUUUUUACUUGUUGUUGGAGAGAGGAUGUCAAUAGCUAUGGUGGAAAUGCUUUCUACUCACCAUCUCAGGGAUUUUAUGGAUCCUACCAUGGAUAGCACAAAGCAUAUUUUGAAUUACCUGAUGCCAAUUUUGCAAGACGUAGACCAGGACCUUCAUGAUUUUAUGUGUAGGGCAGAAGUUGGCACAAUUUUUGCUUUAAGCUGGCUGAUUACCUGGUAUGGACAUGUUCUCACGGAUUUCCGUCAUGUUCUUCGGCUAUAUGAUUUCUUCUUGGCUUCCCAUCCCCUAAUGGCUAUUUACUUUGCAGCAGUGAUUGUCCUGCACAGAAAGAGGGAAGUUAUGAAUUGUGAUUGUGACAUGGCCAGUAUCCACCAACUUCUGUCGCAGAUUCCACAGGAUCUUCCCUAUGAAAAUUUAAUCUGUAGAGCACAUGAGCUUUUCACACGCUUUCCUCCAUCCUUAAUAGCCAAACGAGCAGCACACCAGCCCCAAAAAAGCAUCACAAUGAGUUCCUUUGGAGACUUUCAGAUGGCUACAUUACAACAACGUCCAGAUGCUAUACUUCAACGUCAAACUCGAGAAAAAAUCCCGUCAGAUGUUGCAGCUUUUGAGGAAUCGGUUGCACCAGGAACAAACCAAAUUGUAAAAAUGGCAGUGUGGGCCAUAUCUGCAACACUGGGGGCUACGGCAUUGGCUGUUGCACAGACUGCUUUAGACUGGGCCCCAGAGUUCCUUCUACAGCUGUUUUAAAAAUAAGCAUGAUUUUUGAGAGAUAAAGUGCAAUAUUUUUUCAGGUAGUAGUGUUUUUAAUAUUGUUGUCAUUUUAUGGGUGUUUUUGUGAGACCUAGUGAACCUUUUUGUCUAAGCUCUAUGCAUGAAGAAUGCACAGCAGUAGUGAUUCAGUUCAAAUGAAUAAGGUUUUCACUAUGCUAGAUUUUCAGUCACUCAUUCUGAAGUAAAAGGUUAUUAUUGCACAAUGAUGUACCACCCAUUACGGAUGUUGUAAACUGACCACCUCUGUAGUAAGCGACACCACUUUCUGUUGUCUGUACUUUAAACAAAUAUUAUGUCUACAAGAAAAGGUAUAAACUAAACAGAAUAAUAUAUUUUGAUGUCUUUCCACUUGUGUAAUUGUGCAGAUUUUUCUGCAUGAAAAGAAUUAAAAUAGUUAAUAGUAAUGCAACAAUUUAAUCUUUUUCACAUACUGCCUUUUAUAAUGCUGCUGAAAGUAUGAUAUUGAAUGUCAUAUUGCUUUUGUAGCCUUUGGUACAUAUUCAAGCUUAAUCUUUUUUGAUUAAACUAUGGUUUAGGAUG